AUGAAGGUUUUCACAGUUGUGCUCCGCGCGGCACUCGUUGCCCCAGCGGGCGGAGGUACCGAGAAUAGAUCGUCGUUAGGCAACAACAACGACAACAACAGCAGCAAAAGUGAGGAGGAGGGGGCACCGCGGGCUCACUCGCCCAUCAGGCGAGACCCCCAACCCACCAUGCGCCGCUCCCUGCCGAGCGCUACGGUGAUAAAUAGAGAGGCUGUGGGUUCAGGCUGUGCGAAACCCCAACUGACGUCCGCGCGUGAAGCACGACGGCUGUUAUUAGUCUCGGAGUGCGACACUGAGGUGGACAAGCCGAACCGCAAUGAGAAUGACGACAACUCCCCCUCACCCGAAGCACCGCAUGAGAAGGCUGUGCGCCGAAAGUCCAUAGUAGAUGACCGGAGGGGGACAUCCGAAGGCUCGCUGGGACUGAGCUGCAGCGCUGAAGCGGCAACUGUGGAGAAGAAGAAAACAAAGAAGACACCGUACGACCCGCUGAAGGGAUGUACAUUUGCCCCGGCAAUUAACAAGAAAAUUUACCGGACCUCAUCCGCACACCUUGUUAGUGCUGAAAAAGAGAAACAAGGGGAAAAGGCGGGUGAGCAACAAUCGCGGCGUAAGGUUCCCGGUGUGGUGCCCUACAAGUCGAAAGAGGAGCGAGAGAUGGAGGAAUGCACAUUUGCCCCCGAAACCGCUCGCUUUCACAAGGGUCGCGACUCAUUGGCGUGGUGGACGCGUGAGCCGUUCAUCGGCCGCAGCGGUGAGACAACAUCCUCCAUUGCUGCAGAGGAAGAGAGGUCUAUCGACGGCAGUGCCUGUGAUGGCGUCUCCAGUCGUCCUCAACAGCAGCAGCAGCAGCAGAGGCAAGUCUGGGCUUCACGGGCAUCACCGGUGCCACUUACAAUUGGGUUCGAUAAGGCUGUACAGCGGAUGAUGGAGGCACGGAAGAAGUGCCGACCCAAGUUUGAAGAAAUGCUUCGCUCCACCAAUGAGGAGCCACACAAGCCCCUCCGCCCAACUGUUGUGGAGCCCUUCACGCUGCAUGCCGAAGCUCGGCACCUGCGACGAGAACAUCAGAAGCCGGUGCUGUACGUUGAUGUGGAUCUUCCGAGUGGAAAGACAGGCCGCAUCGGCGUCCACCGCGGCGACAAAGCGGCAGAUCUCGCCAGGGGGUUUGCCCAUGCUUACAGACUGGGCGAUGAGCUGCGGGAACGUCUUGAGUGCGUUUUGACUGAGAAAAUUAACGAACUCUUGAGAGAAAACGUCCGCACAUUGUGGCUUUGA